GUAAUUUCUCUUAUGCGGGACUUGUCAUGUUCAUUCAAUACUGAAGUAUACAAUUAAAACUAUGCUUCGAGUGAUUUGAAAGUCAGCUUAUCAGGCCUUGGCUCAUCUUUUCCGAUAUAGUUUUGUGUUCGUCUUGACCGUACAUCUAAAAUUGUCAAGUUUGUUUAUGAAAAGAAAUACGUAAUGGUAAACGAAAAAGAAUUUUGGACAGAAAUUCGGAAAGACAUUCCAAAAUAUAAGAACAGAAAACCAAGAGUAGUACCUGCGUUUACGAUACAAGCUUUACAGGAAAAUACAAUAGUUGCCAAACCACCGCACUGUGGUUUGUAUAAGCCGCGUCGACCCAAGCCAUCGGCAUUUAGAAAAUACUACACAAGCGGUGUGCUUCCAAUUUCUUUGGAAAAUGAAGGAAAUGGACCAAAAAUUGGAUGGAAAGUCGACAUCGAUAAGCUAGACUUUCAUCACUACCUGCCAAUGUUUUUCGAUGGAAUGACCGAAACCGAAAACCCUUACAAGUUUUUAGUAACUCAAGGAAUUGCUGAUUUGCUUGCUCAUGGCGGACCAAAAAUAUUACCAGUAGUUCCACAACUUAUCAUACCCAUAAAAACUGCAUUGAAUACGAAAGUCCCAGAAAUAAUCUGUACAACAAUGAAGAUGCUACAACAUCUCGUGCGGUCUGCAGAUUGUGUCGGAGAGGCCCUUGUUCCUUACUUUAGACAAAUAUUACCAGUCCCGAACUUACUCAAAGACAAAAAUGUCAAUCUGGGUGAAGGUAUUGACUACUCCCAACAAAGAGGAGAAAACGCCGCGGACGUGAUACAAGAGACACUGGAAAUAUUAGAGAGAUAUGGUGGGGAAGACGCAUUCAUCAACAUUAAGUACAUGGUCCCGACUUAUGAGUCCUGCAUGAUGAAUUGA